GUCAGAAUGUCAUUGCCAAUAUUUAAAAAAAGCUCCCCACUAAACGAAAAAUAAUGAAGAAAUGCGCCAUUUCAAAAGAAAACGCAUUAAAAGAUAUGGUCCAAGUGAAAAAGUUGCGGUUCAAAGAUCUGGAAAAGAACAACGAACAAAUUAGUGCAACUUAUGCUAGAAGCAAAUCCCCUUCAAAUAAAAAUAAUGCCCAAUCGGCAAGCUUCUACAAGAAAAAACUAGCAGUUGAAACAAUAAACAUUGAACUCCCAUAUCAUUUUGGAGGCGACAGGGCUGUACAUAAAAUAUAUCAAAAUAAAAUUAAACCAAAAACUAGUAGUACGGAAAUUCGCAAACCAGUUGUAAAAAAUACAAAUUCAAAAUCUGUUGUUGAACCUAAAAAAGAAACAAUAAUAAUAAAUAAUGCUAAAAGUGAAAUAUCAUUAAAUAAAGUUGUUAAACCAAAAACAAUAAUUUCGCAAGUGAAAAAGAAAAAGCCUUAUAACGAUGGCAAAAUAAUAAACGUCCUAGCAAAUAUAAAUAAGAAACUAGAAAAAAUGCAAGAAACAUAUCUAAAAAAACCGAAAAUAACUUAUAAAAAUGUCAACGAUUGCUUCACCCAAUAUGGAGACACUGAACUGAUAUACGAAAAUCCAGUUGCAGUAGUUGUUCCUAAAAUACAAGAAGGAAUUUCAAAAUUGCCAAAGUUCGAAGAUACUGUUAGACAAAUUGACAGGCAUUUGGAAAAUAUUUUCAAAUUGAAAUCGUCCAGUAAUGAUAUUCAAAGGAAAAUCAGCAAAAAUCAAACAUCUUAUGAGGAAUUUGUUGGUGAAGGGUUUGAUGAAAUGUUGGAAAUCCGUCAAAACAAAAUGUCAUCAGAAGAAAUCCUGAAAAAACAACGACGAAACAAAAAACAAAAAUUACGAACAAUUCAAAGGGACAUUGAACAAGUUGAAGAAUUUUAUGAUAAACUAUCCGAAAUUACUCACGAUGAAUGCCCAGAGAUUCCUUCAUUGAAUAAACCUUCUGAAAAAAGAAAAUCAGGUCCACCAUCAGGUAUCAUAGACUUCAUAGAAGAACCUGGUUUGGAAGGUAGCAUAAAUAAAUCCAGUUUCCUGUCGAAGGAAUUCGUUCAGUUUGUAGAAGGCCCCAUACCUAGGCAACAGCCGAUGAUAAAAAUAUUUUCCGAAAAUCCCAAAUUAAUUUGGAAAAAAGAUAAAGGCAGCAAAGAUUGCAGCGUGGAAAGCGUAACGAAAAUGAUUGACGCUUUGAAGUUCACUUUGGAAAAUUCCAUCUACGAUCCAGUGACUUGACUUAUCAUUGUUUUGUGUGUUUUUAAUAUAUUUAUUUGUCUUUUAUUAUUUUAAAAAAUCAAAAGAAAUAUUGGCAAUUUUGUCAUGAUUCUGUAUAACGAUGUUUUCGCAGCAAAAACUAAUGAGUUUUCUUGCGCCA